GGCGGACAGUGUUGGCUGUUUUGUAUUUUUGAACGUGACGGGCCUGUCGUGAUUGUCAUCCACGUUGUGGAUUCAGUCACUCGUGGACGUGAAGUGGGUGUUUUAUGGGUGGAAACAGCCCGAGUCAUCUCCACCAUGACGAAGGGGAAGGUGGAGGCGUUACUUUGGUGGAGGGCAUUCGGCUGUCGGACCGAGUCAUCAAACGAAUGAGACAGAAGCCGGUCACCCCUCCGCCGCCAAGUCCGAGUCCGCCGCCUCACGCCGACUCCACCGACCCGACCUCGUCGGUGGAGCACUUGCUGCCUCUUCUGACGGCUCCUCCUCCUGCGCAGGAAGGGCCUCCUGCACCAGGCCAUCUUCCUGGAAAACGUGGCCCUCCUCCGCGUGUCACCUUUCAACCCCCUCCUCCAGCGACCACACCUGUAGGACCAGUCCCUGCGCCUCCUCCUCUGCCUGUGGAGUCCAUUCUUCUACCUCCAAAUGGGACCACUACACAUCCUCCUACUCCACCUGCAGAGCCAGCACCUGCACCUCCUGCUCCGCCUGUAGAGUCCAUUCAUCUACCUCCAACUCAGCCCACUCCACCUCUUCCUCCACAAGUAGACCAAGCACCUGAACCUCCAGAGUCCAUUCUUCUACCUCCAUCUGAGUCCACUCCACCUCCUCCUCCACCCGUGGAGUCCGUUCUUCUCGCUCCUGUCGCCCCACCGCCUCCGCCUUGUUGCCCCGGUGUGAAUCUGGCCGCGGUGGUGCCCACCCACGAGGGACCCAGCGAAAGCUUCACCCCGCCGCCCGCCAAGGAGCCGCCGCCAUUCCUUGAGGCGGAGAAGGAAGUCGCCGCCUUUGUCCAGGCAGCGCCCCCUGCAGGAGCGGCCUCUCUGGUUUCGCCGGAGGUUUUUGAGAAGGAAGUGAGGCGGAAAAUGAAGGAGGAGAUGGACCGAGGUCUUCAGAAGGAGAUUGAGCGCAGGACGGAGGAGCUACAGCUGCAGCUCGAAGCGAUGCGGGCGCAGAGCCACACGGCAGCCGGCUCGCGGGCCGAGGUGGCGGAGCGGGUGAAGGCGGCGCUGGAGGCAGACAAGGCGGCGUACGAGGCCGGCCUCCGGCGAGCCGUCGCAGAUGAGCGCCGCGGGACGGAGGACGAGAGGCUGGUGAUGCAGCUUUACGCUCGGCAGCUGGAGGAGAAGGAGGAAGCCUUGAGGAGACGAGGCGCUCUCUACGAGGGGCGCAUCGUCAAACUUGAAGCCAAGUGCACCGACUUCUACAAAGCGACCGCUGAGAGUUUCCAAAAAGGCAAAGAGGACGCACACAGGCGUUUUACGCGCUUCAACAUUCAGCCAGUGUGUGGAGAUUUGCAGAGUCAAGUGCUGAAAUGUUACCAAGAGCAACCGGGAAAGAGUCUGUGUUGCUCCGGGAUCGCGUCUGCUUACAUGCGAUGUGUGCAGCGGGCCAAGCAAAGUCAACCGAGCACUGCAAGAUAAUCAUCGUUAGUAUCACGUGUGACUUAUUAGACCACUGGUGAGGGCAACGUGACACACUUUUCAGUUUCCUUCACUCGCACAGACUGCAAGGUAGUUUCUCCUUUUUUAACAUGCAUUGCAUUCUUUGCUUUUUGGGCUCGUCUUCAAACCAACUGUGCUCAUCACAAGUCAUCACAAUGCGUUGAAAGUAUUUCCGAGCCUGUUUUAGUUUGAGCGCGGUUUGGAUUCAAGUCCGGAAUAUUCGGCUAUCGUAUAACAUGUAACGCGCUUUGAAAUUGUGAAUAAUCUCUCAAUAAACUUUUGCACAAGACAA